UGUAAUGUUAGUUGCCCAUGUACGAAGUAAGAUAGCAUUAGACAUCAGUAGCUGAGAAUACAAAGUACAUUUAUCUGUAACGGAAAAUAUUCUGUAUAUUCUCUGGGAUUAGGCAGAUAUACAUUGUACAUGCACGCAGUCACGCAUCGAUAUACAUUUUAAGAAAAUUAGAGGCAUCGGCCACGACGACUGAGUUGGAUACGCGAUAAUUAUUGGGCAUUGUGUGCAAGCAACAUUUCACUCUUAUUAAAGUCAUAAUUAAUUAGCAACACAACAUUAGCACAGCUUAGCUCUAUCAGCGAUAAGAGAUACGUCGGCGGUGACAAAGGGCCAACAUGUCGAUAGUCAAAGAAUUUAGUUAGUAUACGGCUGCCACCUUCUCCGAGAAGGUAGUCAAGUACGUACGGACAAAAGUGAUUUUGGGUUCGCAUCAAUAGUACAAUUAUUAAUAGCGCUGUCUCAACCAUCUCAAACUACAAGCAUCGACACUGCUAGCGACAAUCUUCCCCGUGCCCAACAUCUGCUCCGUCCUGCAAUAUUCACCCGCUGUUCGAGUGAGACAGGAACAUGGUGUCCACACGGCAGUCGAGCAACAGCAGUACAAACGUCGAGGCUUCCUUGCUGGAACUUGGGAAAAAUUAUGAUGCUGGGCCUUCUGGCACGUCGCGACGGAGCCAACAACAGCAGCAGCAUCCGCAACAACCGGCCAACGGUGUGUUUUCAACGACCGGUGUUCUUGUACCCGAGGAAGAAAGUAGUUGUAACAACAGUAGCAACAAUUACAUCGUUAACCUCCUUGACUUGCCGGUGGAGAUUAUUCAAAAAAUUUUGAGUUAUAUGGGCUACAACACAAUAGCCCAUCUACGUCUGAUAUGCCACCAAAUGGACAAAAUUUGCGGAUCCAUUUUGAACUCGACGUUCCAGCGUUUGCAAACGCAAAUGCUCACUCGGUUUCAAACAAUAAAAGGACAAAUGCCACGGCGAGAGUCUGCUCGGCGCAACCACCCACUGGCCUGUGAGUCGGACAUCAUUGAGACGCUUCACAUGAGACUCACGCUUCUGCAAAUGAGUUUUGGGAAACAUAUUGAGCGGAAACACUGCUGCUUCUUUCCCGGCGAGAUACUGGAUGAAGUGUAUCGUAUUUUACACUACAUUAAGGUGACGCCCAAACUCGCUCGGCCUUACAAAGUGACAGAUGAACUCUUUGACCUCAGUACAAUGGCAAUGGAGUACUUCAAAGAUUGUAUUGAGCCAAGACUUCCUGAAAUUCCUUAUUUUGGCGCCGAGUUUUUGGAUUUGGCUGGAACAUUUUCAUCACCGCUAAGCGUGACAGACGGUAAGGCCCGGUGCAGUGGUAGUGGUGGCGAGAGUUCACCCUCGCGUUCCGGCAACGACGAGCCCGGCAGUUGCUCUAGUGGCCUAGAGGUGACUCACUCCGCACCAGCUGUUGUACCACCUCAGUCCAAUAUGGUACUUCGCAAACGCAUCCGCAAGAUCAAGCAGGGAAUGAAGCGCUACAACAGCCAGCUGAGCUUGAUGCGCCGGGACCUCAGAAACUGCAAAGUUAAGAUCGCCGACCAGCAGAAGCAAAUCGUUGAGUACGCGACGAGGCUGGAUGACAACGACAAAAAAAGCGAGGAGACUUCCAGGAAGUUCAGCACUCUUCUGCAGGUAUUUUCGACGGAACUCAACAAAUGCAAAACAGAGCUGCAAUACUGGCGGUCAAAGUCCCCAGCAAUACCGGUGUGCUUUGGCUGCGGGCAAUCGAUACCGUUACCAACGGAGGACCUGCAGGCCCUGGCGAAUCAGGGCGUCCUGUCCAACGUUGAGGCAAGCGCUGGUGGAGAUCUCGACUUCAUUCCUAUCGCCGACAUGGCAGUGCGCAGUCCAACAGAGCAAGAGGUAUCCUUGGGCAUACACGCGACACCAGCUCAGCAGUUAUUACAGCCACAACUCCAGCAGCCGGUUCAGUUGCUGCAGUCUUGCAGUGGUAUCAGCAGCAACAGUAGUGGAGGUAGUGGCAGCAGUGCUAGCAGCACGGCCAUGCCCGUGCUCGAGCCAAUGGCACCUCCAAAAGCUCCGUCACCACUGUCUGCAGCUCCUUCUAUUUCCUCCUCUUCCUCCUCCAAUUCCUUGUCUUUGACCUCCUCGAAACGAAAAUCUAGCUUAAUCACUGGUAGUCUGGAUGAAGAUGCGGCUAGGAAGCCGCGCCGGGCUCUUAAAGCCCGCCAAGCUAAACGUUCGAAAAUGAUUUAAGGCUCUUCUAAAACUUAUUUUUCUUUAGACUCCUUUGUUCUCCCGAACGGCGUUACGAUCGUCAUAUCAUCUGUCCCGCGCACUUCUAGACGUCUUAUUACAUCUUCCUUUUGAUUUUGCACUCGCGCGUUAAUGUCACGCUCUGUCUUGACGUUCUCAUAGAAACUAGUGAGUUGGUAAGCUCAGCUCAGAGGGCACAAAAGGGAAGAGCCAUAUGUUUUCGUACAUAUUAAAAAGCAGUGAAUAGCAAAUAUUUUGCAUGUACGUAGGUAUACUUACUAUAAUAAUUCUCACUGGUUGAAGGAUCAUCCCUCUUGCGCCUUCUGAGCCAAGUUUGACAAUUCGCCAGUCCCAUGUACAUCGUGAGCGAAUAAAAUCGCACGAGUCAUCGUAACGGUAACGCAUAUUCUAAUAAAUAGCCGCUUUUUACUUUCCUUUUCCUCCCUCGUCCCUUAGAUUAUUUUAACUUAUAACUAUAAUGUGCAUCUAGCUAAAUGAGCGUUAGCAUCCUUGGACUAGCACCUCGCUACGCUUCAUAGAUCUUCUCGUCACUUCUGUGCCUCAUCUGUCACCUAGUACUGUCGAGGCGUGCCGUCUUCACCCUUCCCUCUUGUCCUUAAGGAGUAAAGUAUCGCUCAUUAACUCUCUAACUAUUCGGCAGUCUCUUAUCGCAAUCUUAACGACACCGAGCGGAUGAUCCUAGGAAAAAAAAGUACAAAAUUCUUUCCCGAUCGUCUAUCGUGUUCUAUCUUUCGAGCAACGAAAAUUUUCAUCUUGACUUUAAUUUGAGCAUUAGUGUGUAGUGCCGCUUGUGCCCGAGCGUGUACAGAACGUGCCUCACGGAAACAAGCGAGUUUCCUUCAAACUUCUGCUAACUUUUUGAUUUUUCUUGUAUGUAUUUCAGGUCUUUUAAUCGGCUUAUGUAUAAUUGCGGAAUCCUUUUUUUAAAAUUAAGUUUAGUUUAUUUACCAUAUGUAUUUAACUAUAGGUAUAAUUUAAUUUUGGAGUGCUAUCAAUUGAUGGAAUUGAAUUUAUUAUUUGACGAAAAAGUCAAUGUUUUGUUUUAAGGAUGAAGAUGAACUUGUUACA